UGGAAUUAUCAUGGUUCUCAACAGAGUCGUACUAGGACGCCACUUUCGUGAGCGAUACACUUUAGCCUGUGGGAUUGGCCAUGCCGGGCUAGCAGUUGCCCUUCUUGCUUUUGCACCGAUGACGCAGCUUUUCCUCGACACCUACGGUUGGAGAGGAGCAGCGCUGCUUAUUGCUGGAAUCAGUAUGCAUCAGAUUGCAAGUGCUGCCGUUGUCAGGGUCACCAAAGCACAGUACGAGCCUCUUACGGAUAGCUUAGGUAACCACCAGGAUGACAUCGACAAGGAAGGAUGCAGAAGUCGUGGCAAGAAGUCUAUUCUUCAUCUCGUCAAAGCUGUAGAUCUGGGAAUACUAUUGGAGUUCAAGUUUUGGAUUGUGUUCAUGAGUCGUUUCGGAGUGUCCUUUACCUUUAGUGCUUGGGUGCUGUAUUUCGUUCCUCAUCUAGAAGUCAAGGGCUUCUCGCCCCAAGUGGCAGCUGCUCUUUGCUCGGCAGCUGCUGUCGGGUAUUUCCUUGGGUCGAUCAUGUGGGCACCCCUCAUCGACCGUGGCAUCAUGAAAUGCUCAACAGCGAUCAUCGUCAGCAGCCUAUUUCUGUCUCUGUCGUUUGUUGUAGAUCCCUGGGUGAAUGACAUUGCUAGCUAUGCAGUCGCCACCUUCAUCUGUGGAUUGUUUACCGCUGCUCUGUACACACUCCAGGACGUCUUGACUAGAGACAUGUUUGAAAUGGAUCGACUUGUGAGCGCCUUCGUCUGGGGUCGGCUCUUCCUCUUCGCACCCGGAAUUCUUGCUGGGUUCCUACCCGGCUGGAUAUACGAAGCAAGGGGAAGUUACGACUUGGCGUUCAUCGUGAUUGGCCUGGGACCAACUCUCUGCCUCCUGCCGUUGAUUAUUGGGUUACUGAGGAAGACAAUGAACGGCUUGUGA